AUGUACCUUCUCACCAUUAUUUUCCGCAGUCUAGUUGCGAUUGCUGUCUCUGCAGCCAUACCGACCGUCGAAAAUACCGAUUUACCAUGGCCACUCGUACCACCCCAAGGUCUCUACGAAGCAAAAGCCGACAUUGUGGCCGCAUCUCCAGGAGAAGCAUUUGAUACUACCUCAUUUGGCAUACGUCAAGAACAUGAUGCCGAGUACGCAAAACGCGGAGCCCCCGGGAUUGGGGGACACAAAAUUCUCCACAGCAAUGUAUGCAUUUUCCCUCACACUGUCACACACUGCAAAUUGGCAAUACAAUUUUUUAAUGACAUGCAACAUAAACAGACUCUCUGCUGUAAAGACAUUGAAAACCGCGGGUGGAAUUAUGCAUGGAAUGGUUGUGCUUUAGAGAACUCGUUGUUGAUAAUAGGGAUGAAAGAGUUCUAUGUACCACCAGAAAGCUGCAUCGCUGCAUCAUGCUAUGAUGAGUCAGAAAUUUUAUUAUGCAAUGAUAACUCGGUUCAAGUUACUAUAGAAAGUUCAAGAAUAGGACUUCACAUCUCUUCUAUCCUGGGGGCGUGUACCGAGUAUAACGAUAAGGGACAUUUCUCUUGUGGCCAGGAGUUUAACCCUACCGCAAAUUACAAUGUCAUCGUCAGACGGCUAGAUUCAAAGUUCAUCUGCAAACCACCAGAGGGGUAUAAGCCUUCCAGUUCUGAGAGUUGUAAAGAUCAUUCCCGCCCAUCGACUAAAGGAUGA